UUAACAGACGCAAGACCACAAGGUGGAGCAAGAGCGUAAACUCCGCCAAAGGAGGGGUCAGAAGAAGAGUAAAAACGAGAGUGCUUUGAUUUAAUUUUUGAGUUGCUCCAUGAACAAGCUUAGUUGAUUGUACUAUGUUGAACUUUCAGUAAACCUAGCCUCAUUUAAUUCUCUUCUUGUCUGCGUUUAUUGAAUUAAAGUGAUCGGUCGCCUAUGAUCUGGAACCAUGGCUCAGGUGGUCAGACCUGUUUUCUGGCUGUGGUUGCUGAUGUGCUGCUGGAGUCUUGCCAUUGCAAGACCGGGAAAGAAAGGGAAAAAGGGGAAGCAGGUUGUGUGCCCAGCACAGCUGUCCGCAGAAGAGUUGGCCGGAGUUCCUGCAAAUUCUACAUCAAACAUCCUCAAUCGCCUAAUGGUCAGUUACGACCCAAGAAUCAGGCCUAAUUUCAAAGGCAUCCCAGUGGAAUCCGGAGUGAACAUCUUUAUAAACAGCUUUGGCUCAAUUCAGGAAGCCACCAUGGACUAUAGAGUGAAUAUAUUUCUCCGUCAGAGGUGGAAUGAUCCCCGGUUGCGUCUUCCAACUGACUUCAAGAGUGACUCCUUAACUGUUGAUCCCAAGAUGUUUCAGUGUUUGUGGAAGCCUGAUCUUUUCUUUGCCAACGAGAAAAAUGCGAACUUCCAUGAUGUGACUCAGGACAACAUACUUCUAUUCAUAUUCAGAAAUGGAGACGUUUUGAUUAGUAUGAGGUUGUCUGUAACACUCUCUUGUCCUCUGGAUCUAAUGCUGUUCCCAAUGGAUACACAGAAAUGCAAAAUGCAGUUGGAGAGUUUUGGUUAUACGACAAGUGAUCUAGUUUUCAAGUGGCAGUCAGAUCCUGUUCAGAUGGAUGAAAUUGCAUUGCCACAGUUUGACAUCAAACAAGAAGAUAUUAGAUAUGGAAACUGCACAAAAUUCUAUAAAGGAACAGGAUACUACACCUGUGUUGAGGUGAUCUUCACAUUGCGUCGGCAAGUUGGCUUUUAUUUGAUGGGUGUCUAUGCUCCCACUUUGUUAAUUGUCGUGUUGUCCUGGUUGUCAUUCUGGAUCAAUCCUGACGCCUCAGCCGCUAGGGUCCCAUUAGGUAUUUUAUCAGUGCUUUCUCUGUCCAGUGAAAGCAUGCUAUUGGCAUCAGAGCUCCCAAAGGUUUCCUAUGUAAAAGCCAUCGAUAUCUGGCUCAUCACAUGUCUGCUGUUUGGAUUUUCUUCACUUGUGGAAUACGCUGUGGUUCAGGUGAUGUUAAACAGUCCAAAAUUGAUUGAGGAGGAGAAAGCAAAAAUGGCAACAAAGGAAAAAGCUUUGAUUGAGAAAGAAGGAAAGAUGGCCCUUAAAGCUAAGAAUACAAUCAAUGGCACUGGUGGCACACCUAUACAUGUCAGCACACUUCAGGUGGUAGAAACUCGGAAGAAAGUUUGCACCUCCAAGUCUGACCUACGCGCCAACGACUUCAGUAUUGUGGGAUCUUUGCCCCGAGACUUUGAGCUUUCCAACUUUGACUGCUAUGGUAAACCUGUGGAGGUGCUGGGAGCCCUUGGUAAAUCAAAAAGCAAAGCCAACAAGAAACCCCCCCCACCCAAGCCUGUGAUUCCAGCCGCAGCAAAACGGGUUGAUCUUUAUGCACGAGCUCUCUUCCCCUUUUCAUUUCUGUUUUUUAAUGUUGUUUACUGGUCCGUCUAUCUUUAG